UCCCACUCCUGCUACUGAGCUGCAGCUCCUCUACCAUACUUUAAAACGCUGACUGUCUCUGACAUACCCGGCCAUUUGUCGCGACAGCAAUCCCGUCUCCCAUCUGUUCGCAUCGAGUGUAUUUUCCGGGACAGUCUGUAACAGGCGGAACCUAGUGGGCCAUGGCCUUCCUUGGGAGCGCGGUUCGGCGGGUGGUGUCGGCAGUUCGGCCUCCUCUCUCUCCCUUGUGCCGGACAACCAGGCGUUCCUACAGCUCAGAGCCCACCACGGAAAAAAGUGUUCCCUACGAGAAGACACUUAAACAAGAAGUUGGAACCUCCUCUGGACCCACUAAACCUUUACCCAAGUCAGCGGAAGCGGUGGUGAUUGGAGGAGGCAGUCUGGGCUGUCAGACCAUCUACCACCUGGCUAAAAUGGGGAUGACCAAUAUAGUUCUUCUGGAGAGAGACAGACUGACUGCUGGCACCACUUGGCACACUGCAGGCCUGCUGUGGCAGCUCCGUCCCAGUGAUGUUGAGGUAGAGCUCUUGGCCCACACCAGGAAUGUGAUCAGCAAAGACCUCGAGGAGGAGACGGGCCUCCACACGGGCUGGAUCCAGAACGGAGGACUCUUCAUUGCCUCCAACAAGCAGAGGCUUGACGAGUACAAGCGCCUCAUGUCGCUGGGUAAAGUUUAUGGUAUCGAGUCCUAUGUCCUGUCACCUGCGGAGACCAAGGACUUGUAUCCUCUGAUGAACGUUGAUGAUCUGUAUGGAACCCUGUAUGUACCAAAAGAUGGCACCAUGGACCCAGCAGGCACCUGCACCACCCUGUCCAGAGCUGCCAGCGCCAGGGGAGCCACGGUGAUCGAGAACUGCCCUGUGACUGGUAUCCAAGUGCGGACCGACGACUUCGGUUUGAAGAGGGUGAAGGCAGUGGAGACCCCUCAUGGGACCAUUGAGACGUCUUGUGUGGUGAACUGUGCAGGUGUGUGGGCCACCAAGCUGGGAGAAAUGGCUGGAGUCAAGGUGCCUCUUGUUGCGAUGCAUCAUGCCUAUGUGGUGACAGAGAGAAUUGAAGGCAUACAGAACAUGCCAAAUGUCAGGGACCAUGAUGCAUCAGUGUACCUGCGCCUCCAAGGUGACGCCCUUUCUGUGGGUGGUUAUGAACAGAAUCCCAUCUUCUGGGAUGAGGUGUCUGAUAAGUUUGCCUUCAGCCUGUUUGACCUGGACUGGGAUGUAUUCAUGCAACAUAUUGAAGGUGCAAUGAACAGAGUUCCUGUUCUGGAGCAGACUGGCAUCAAAUCCACUGUCUGUGGACCAGAAUCAUUCACAGCCGACCAUAAGCCGCUGAUGGGAGAAGCCCCCGAGGUCAGAGGUUUCUUCUUGGGCUGUGGCUUCAACAGUGCCGGCAUGAUGCUGGGAGGUGGUUGUGGUCGAGAGCUGGCUCACUGGAUCAUACAUGGCCGCCCUGAGAAGGAUAUGUAUGGUUAUGACAUCAGGCGUUUUCACAACUCGCUGACAGACAACGCAAGCUGGAUCAGAGAGAGGAGCCACGAGUCGUAUGCUAAAAACUACUCUGUGGCGUUCCCCUUUGAUGAGCCGCUGGCCAGCAGGAACAUGAGGAAGGACCCUUUUCAUCAGGUACUGACGGAGCAGGGCUGUGUGUUCCAGGAGAGACAUGGCUGGGAACGACCUGGCUGGUUCAACAAGGAUGGGGCCGCUCCUGUUAAAAACUAUGAUUACUACGGGGCUUAUGACACGAAGAAGAAUGUGAACUACAAAUACAAGGAUUUGCUGGGCAAGGAGUACACCUUUGACUUUCCUCCACAUCAUGACGUGAUUAAGAGUGAGUGCCUCACGUGUAGACACGGCGUGGCAGUGUUUGACAUGUCCUACUUUGGAAAGUUCUAUCUCACUGGACCAGAUGCCAAGAAGGCAGCUGAUUGGCUGUUCACUGCUGAUGUCAACAAGAAGUCAGGCUCCACUGUGUAUACCUGCAUGCUGAAUAAGGGAGGAGGGACGGAGGCUGACCUGACUGUGAGCCGACUGGAGCCUGGUGCUGCCAACCUGCCCCUGGCACCACAGUCCAAUGGUGAUGUAUACUACCUGGCCAUUGGAGGCGGCGUGGCGGAACACAACUGGAACCACAUCAGAACAGUUCUUCAGGACCAAGGCUUCCACUGCCAGCUGACUGACCUGUCUGAGGACAUGGGGAUGAUCAGCAUCCAGGGACCCAAGAGUCGAGAGGUGCUUCAGGAGGUGUUGGACGCAGACCUGAGCAACGAAGCUUUCCCCUUCUCUACCCACAAAGUUGUCAGCGCAGCAGGGCAUCAGGUGCGAGCUAUGCGUCUGUCAUUUGUCGGAGAGCUCGGCUGGGAGCUGCACAUUCCCAAAGACUCUUGCCUUCCAGUCUACCAUGCUGUCAUGGCUGCUGGUGCAAAGCACGGCAUCAUCAACUCAGGCUACAGGGCCAUCGACUCACUCAGCAUAGAGAAAGGGUACAGACAUUGGCACGCUGACCUUCGCCCAGAUGACACACCCUUGGAGUCGGGUCUAGGCUUCACAUGCAAACUGAAGAGCUCGAUCCCGUUCCAGGGCCGUGAUAGGCUGGAGAAACAGAAGGCGGAGGGAUUGAGGAGGCGCAUCGUCUGCUUCACCAUUGAUGAGAAAAUACCGAUGUUCGGUCUGGAGGCCGUUUUCCGUAACGGCACACCUGUCGGCCACCUACGUCGUUCUGAAUAUGGCUUCUUUAUCGACAAAACUAUUGGAUAUGGAUACAUCCGCAACCCUGAUGGAGGAGUGGUGAGUGCCGAUUUCAUAAAGAGCGGAGACUUUACCUUGGAGAGGAUGGGAGUGACGUACAAGGCCAAAGCCCACCUCAAAUCUCCAUUUGACCCUGAGAAUAAACGCGUCAAGGGCAUCUAUGCUUGAGAAGGACCACACAUGUGAACGCCGAAGAAAACUCACCCUGGUUGGAGAAUGAGGCUGAGAGCAAGUGUAAUUUUGUUUUACAUGCAGCUGCAGCUGUUUUACUCUUAACCUCUCUGUCAAAUACUAUGCAUCUAAAUAUAUGUUAUAAAAGAUUAUAUCUGUAAUUUGAUGAAACUAGAGGAACUUUUCUAGAUGAUCUAAAAUAUGUAUCAAGAUACAAAAGAGCUGCUGAUUUGAAUCUGGUAUGAAUGGUACUUUAUUAAUCCCGGGGGAAAUUUAGGUUGUUAAGAUCCACAUGUUACGCUCGCUCUGGGUUUGAGAGUAACACUUUGUUCUCUUGUGAACGCUCUCAUGUAAUCAGUAUUACUUAUGAAGACAAAUUCAAGAGGUAAACCUAUUUUACCUCCAAUAAUGACUUAAAGUUUAAUAAAUGAAAUAAGAAAAAGACCCACUCGUGAUCUUAAGGGCUCCAAUAACAGCACAUAAUCCAUCUUUAGUUUUUAGAUAUAGAAACUAAACAGAACAAUCAACAGUAUGUCUAAGUCUUAACACUAGAUAACUCAGGGAAUCUUUUUACGCCUAUAAAACCCGGAUGCAUGUGCGUGUGAAGUAAUACCGUAAAUUCUCAGUGAGUGACCGGUGGCUUUGUGUAGUUACACUAAAGAGUAAACUACUUCAGGCGGAUAUUAGAGUCAAGCUGUAAGUUCAUUCUAAUGUUGUCCUUAUAGUGCACUAUAAUACAUUAUGAUGUAGUGCUGCAUUUAAUUUCUAAUUCAUCCUAUGAGGCUGAAAAGUACCAUAUUGGGGAAUGAAAGUAUUCUCAAACGACACACAUGCCCUUCUGGCAGUCUGAGGCAGAUUGCAGUGACUGAUGUUUGUACUGAUAAUAAUGACUAAAAACAGAGUUUCACUUUCUUGUGCGGUAUCUAAAUCUUAGGCCGACAGAGUGUUUAUCAGAGUUGGAGAGAAAGGGAGGGGGGGAAAAAAACCACCCCGAGGCACAAGAGCACCAGUCGGGGACAAAACACUGCUGGAGAAGAAUGAAGGGAAAAGCCAAGAGUUAUCAGAAAGCAGCCGUUACAGAUAGAGCCCCCUUGUUUUCUGACCCCCCCCCCCCCCCUUCCCUUUUGCUGUUCUCUGCGGCGCCAAACUGCCGUCGCUGCUGUUUGCAAACUCAAUUCUCUUAGUUUUGUUUCUUAACAAAUGCAUUGUUAUUUAACAAGACUUGUCCACUAAUCAAGCCUCAUUUUGUGUUGUUUUGCUGUUAAAUCAAACUCAACAAUGUUCGCAUCUGCAGGAAGUGUUGAGCAACAGCACAUUAAACAACUGCUUGGCCUUUUAAUACAAAAUAUGAACUUCGUACAGGCGAGUUGUGAGUUUAACCGGACUGUAUUGGAAUAUUUGUGUAAUUAAAAUGUCAAUUAUGCUAUCAACUCACUACACAGUCUACAUAUUGAGAAUUUAUGGUGCUUUUACAUGUUGUGUGUGUGUGUGUGUGGGGGGGGGGGUCUGUGGGUUUGUGUGUCUGUGUAUACAUAAAAACCUAAACAGCAAACAAGUUUGCUAGCUAGGUAGCCCCUGGUUUCUUCGUUUCCAAGUUUCGCUUGCUGGAAUGAAAAUGUCUUUAAGGAAAAACUGACAGAAAAAGAGAAAUCACCAGUUUAGCACCUUAAUAGCUGAUUUAUGUCUUAAAUGCAGGUAUGUGCAGCAAUUAAAAAUGGUAAUAACGUGUGGUAAGAAUUGUGUCUUUUGUGUAAUUUUUCUUUUUGACACUUAACAUAGAAUUUGAGUAUUAAUCAUAUUCUCUGCCUGUGUUUACAUCCACUUACACCAACAGUUCAAGUCAAACUAAACCCAAAGUUCCUCACACACACACACACUGUGAGAAGAAGGCAUUUGUAUGUAUGGCUACAACAAGCCUCUCUGAUGUGUGUUCAGUGUUCAGCACAAAAUGUUUACUAAUGUGGAAUGAUUCAUUGAUUCAGCCCAGAAGGCCAUUAAUCAUUGAAAUGGUUGUUCUCAGUAGGUUAAUAACUAGAUUUAUAUGUGAAAUGUAAACCAGACAAAAAACUAUCACUACUGGUCCUCGAACACAACGUCCACAUCUCAAUUCUUGCUAAUUCAGUUUGUAGAAAUUCUCUUCCUUACAUAGUGUGAUGUAAAUAUUAGUAUUGAUGAUAGAAAGCGGGUGAAGUUUAUAACUAAAUGCGAAAAGUCUUGACCAGUUAAAAUAAAAACAAAAAUGACCAGCAUAAUUGUAAACGUGAUGUUAAACCAGACUUAUUAAAU